AAACACUCUCUGUCUCCAUCUCCAUCUCCAUCUUUCUCUGUGUGUCUGUGUUUUCUUCUUUGCGGUCACAAGAGUUUACUAAAUAUAGGUAAACUCUAUAUGGGUUUGAGGUGAAUCCUUUGGUUGGCAAAUUGUUUUAGGCCUAAAAACGCUCCUUUGUUUUCGUCUAAAACCAGUGGCUUGUUUCUCUUCCCUGUCAGAGUUGGGAUUUUUCAUUUCUUAGAAAAUUACAGGUUGCUUUGUUAACGUAGGUUUUGUGAGGUGGAUUGUGGGUUUUAUCAAUUCUCCCCACCCGGUUUCUUCAUAUUGGUUCUUCGAUUUGUUCCUUUUGGUUCGGAUUUCAUUCACCCCAAAAUGAUUAGGCUAUUAUAAUAGGGUAGGUGCUUCACACAAGCAUCAGUUUAUACAGCAAUACUAUUCGGAAAGCCGAGAGAUUAGAUGGCAUCUUCCCAAGUGGAAAUGGCCUCUGCGCCGUUCGGUUGCGUUUUGAGGGAUCACAACCGCCGGGACCGGUGCAGAGAGAGCAAUGCCAGAGCCACCAUAGGUGUUUUGCAGAAGAAUCUCAAGAGUUUGGUGAGGGAUCAUCUCUGCAUUGCAGUGUCUUCAAACUCUGGCUCCAAUGACAACAACUCCGAGAACCAGGGUCGAAACAAGGAGCCAAACAAGGAUGAGAACAGCAACAGAAAUGGUGAAAGAGAAGAUGGUUCGGGUUCGGUUAUGAGCCCGAGGCAUGCUAGGGUUCUUGAUCGAUGGGCUUUCGCAAGACAAAUAGUGACGAAACCAAUUGAGAGGCAGAGGACAGAAGAGGCAGAGGUGGUUUCUGUGCCGAACUCGGCGCCUUCUUCCACAAGGACGUCGACUUCUGCAAAGGAAGAGACUUUGGCAAGAACAGAUAGCUUGGCUGAUCUCACCAAAAAAGGCGUGGGGGCUUCGUCUCUGGUUCAAAUUUGGGAGAAGAGGCUCCACAAAUCAGAAUCCCUCAAAACCAAUUCCAAUGGAAAUGUAAUAUCCGAGACAAGUAGGUCAGAUUCUGGAGUUAGCUGCCCUGAGAAUGAGAAUGAGAAUGAGAAUGAGAAUGUAAUAGCUCCCAAUGCUUCACCGUCCAGAGUUUCUGAAGCAGAAAAGGCGGAGUCCCCUGGUGAGAAAGCAGGGGAUACUAUUUUCUCUAUUGAAAAAACAGGGGACUCUGUUUUGGAUAUGGAAAAAGCAAGGGAGUCUAUUGAUGAAAGCUAUGAUGCUGGCGCUGUUACCGACAUUGAAGAUUCUGAUAGGAUUGCUGUGAAUAGCCGGAAUUUAGAUUCUAAAGAAAAAGAGAAAGUUCGAGUUGUGGAUAUUAUUAGAAGACUGACUGCACAGGGUCCAUCGUCCUCUUUGAGUGAGGAAAAUGCUAAUGAUAAUGAUCAGCAGUUUAGUAGCGCUCACGGAUCGCCAUGUAGGGAUAUCCCCCGUGAGCUGUUACGUGAUCGGUGUUCCGGGGUUGAUCAAGCAGAGCACAGAGGCCUCUCUCAUGUUAUAAGCUCACCGCGCAUCAGAGGGAGGCAGGCAUUUGCCGAUUUGCUUAUGCAGAUGGAGCGUGACAGGCAUAGGGAACUUGACGCACUGGUAAACCGCAAAACAGUUUCCAAGUUCCCACAGCGAGGCCGAACUCGAAUUCAGUCAUUACUUAGGCUUCGAUUGCUUCAACGUGGUGUGGCAUUUGCAGGUACAGAUGUGCCACCACUUCCGCCAAAAGCAUCUCGUAUGAACAAACCGGCGCAAGGAUCUAGCAUCAUGCAUCUCAGGGAGAAAUUUCGUACUAGUGCUGAGCAGGGUUCAGCAGUGCAGGGUGAUGCACCUAAUCCAAAUAGCCCUCAUAAGGAGAUCAUAAAGAACCAAAGUGUCAAUGUAGACAAGUCCUCCACGUCCAAUAAGCCCAGUGAAAACACUCCUAAUCGAGAAGUUAAUGUUAUGGAGCAGCAGAAAACAUUCCCAGUACUGCGUGCUAGUGAAGAUGUUUGUGAAGAAGCGACCCCCAGUUUACACAAAUCCUCCACCUCUAAUAAGCCUAGUGAAAGCACUCCUAAUCGAGAAGUUAAUGUUAUGGAGCAGCAGAAAGCAUCCCCAGUACUGCGUGCUAGUGAAGAUGUUUGUGAAGAAGCGACCCAGAGUUUACAGAAAUCCUCCACCUCCAAAAAGCCUAGUGAAAGCACUCCUAAUCGAGAAGUUAAUGUUAUGGAGCACCAGAAAACAUCCCCAGUACUGCGUGCUAGUGAAGAAGCUAUCCCCAGUUUACACAAAUCCUCCACCUCCAAUAAGCCUAGUGAAAGCCUUCCUAAUCGAGAAGUUAAUGUUAUGGAGCAGCAGAAAACAUCCCCAGUACUGCGUGCUAGUGAGGAUGUUUGUGAAGAAGUGACCCCCAGUUUAGAAGUUUGCUUCCAAGAAACUAGUUCAGUUUCUCAAAGCACCUUGCCAAAUGUUAGUGAAGAUCUUGGUGAAGUAGCCAGCCCAAGUCCGAAGGUCACCUGGCAAGACACAAGUUCAGUAGCUAGAAACCUUGGUUCGCAAGAAACUGCUGAUCCAACCACACCCAUAAAUGGUUCAAAUGAGAAUGAGAUAUGGAAAGGAAAAGGUUCAGUGGAUAGAAACCUUGAUUCACAAGAAACUGUAGAUUCAACAACAUCCUUGAAUGGUCGCUAUGGGGAUGAUGAAAUAUGGAAACCCACAAGUUCAGAGGCUAGAUACCUUGAUUCACAACAAAGUGCAGAUACAAGGAAACCCUUGAGUGGUGGGGAUGGGACUGGGAAUGAAAUAUGGAAAGGAACAAAUUCAGAGGCUAGAAACCUUGACAUACAUGAAGCUGCAGAUACAACCUCAUCCUUGAACGGUUGGAAUGAAAAUGCGAUAUGGCAUGGAACAAGUUUAGAGGCUAGAAACUUUGACUCACAAGUAGAUACAACAACUUCCUUGGUCGACUGGGAUGAGAAUGAUGAUGAUUACCAGUAUUACGGAGAAACAAAUUAUGACUGGAUCAGUGAGAUUUCUCGCCCACGGAGCUAUUGGGAAGACAUUAGGAAAUCAUGGUACCAAGAGGUGCUUAACUCCAAUUCAGAAAAAGGCGAGAUACACCAACUCCUUGAAAGAAGAACAGUAUCAAACUUUCUUUCUAGUGAUUUCCGAGAUAGGAUAGAUAGAUUGAUGGUAUCUCGCAUAGAAAGACAAACAUGUCACAAUGUCAGUCAAGAAGAAGAUGACGACGAGAGCAGCUACGAUAGAAUGAAUCAAAUGGUGUCUUUCUUACAACAACGUAGCAGCCCACCAGUCACUGAAGAAGCAGAACAAGUGCAAGAACAUGUACAGGUACAAGAACAAAACCAAGUCCAAGAACAAGUGCUAGAACAUGUGCAAGUCCAAGAACAGGUGCGAGAACAUCAAGACCAUGAAGACGAGGAGAUGACAGAAGAAGAGGAGGAGCAAGAAGAAGUGAAAGAACAUGCACAGGUACUAGAACAAAACCAAGUCCAAGAACAAGUGCUAGAACAGGUGCAAGUCCAAGAACAGGUACAAGAACAUCAAGACCACAAGGACGAGGGGAUGACAGAAGAAGAAGAGGAAGAAGAAAAUGAUGACAACUACGAUGAUGAUGAAGAAUCAAGGAGCCUAAUUAGUGGUCAGUUUCAAGAAGCUAGUGAUUAUUUUGACCGUGCAUCAUUGCAGCCUUCACCAUCUCACUUUACAACAUGGAGUUACCAAGAUAAUGAAGUUGGGGAUGAUUCGGACCAAGCCACUUCUCCAUCUCCUCGCCAACGGUCAUCCUUUCCAUCUUACUAUCCAAAUAGUCCACAACUUUCACCAUCUCCAUCUUACAACACUAAUCACCGGCAACAUUCUCCCUCCCUCAGUCAUCCUUCAAUGGAAAUGGAGCUCUUAUACGACUUGAGAGGGCAUAUGAUACAACUCUAUCAAGAGAUGUCUGAGCUAAGAAAAGAAAUAAAGAGCUGUGUAGACAUGCAAAUGACAGUGCAACAAUCCAUGAACCAGGAUGUUCACUCAGGUCAAGUGGGGAUGAAAAGAAACUCUAGUGGGUUAACAAAGAAAGGCAAUUGCCGCAUUUGCAAUGAAGCAAAAAUCGACUCACUUUUGUACAGGUGUGGACACAUGUGCACCUGUCUCAAGUGUGCUCAUGAUUUGCAAUGGAACAGAGGAAAAUGUCCAAUCUGUCGAGCUCCGAUUGCAGAUGUCGUGAAGGCAUACAUGGAUUCUUAAAUCUCUACUGGUGUCUGGUGAACGAGUUCUUGCUUCAGAGGACCGUCUUUAUUUGUAAAACUAAACGACAUUGUGAAGCACAAAUUGGCAGAGGAAGGAAGCUAAUUAAUUUAUUCUUAUCUUACCUAAUUUACUAUCUACUUUAAUUUUGUAAUGUCAAAGUGACUGGGAAUUUGGAACAUCAGAGGUUGUUUCUCUUUUUCCACAUACUCUUUGGAGUGCAUGUUUUUUUUAAGAGAAACCACAACUAACAAGCUCUAUAAUACAUCUUAGUAUCUUACCAUAUACAAUCCAAAAAAAGGUUGCUCUUU